AUGGCGCUUCCAUUCGACGCACCGAUCUAUAAGCUACCGGAGGAGCUGUUACUGCAGAUCGCGUUUCAUCUUCCCGACUCGGCCGCACCCAGGUCUCUCAAAAAUCUAUGUCUCACAUCUCGCAAGUUCCGUGCGGCUGGGCAGGAGGUUCUGCAUACUGUAGCGAAGCUAUCGAUCUCCUGUGGCUGUCACCCCAAGGUAAACCCUCUUCUGAAGCUCCUUCGUACGCUUUUCGAUCGCCCUGAUCUUGCAACCCAAGUGAAAAGCUUACGCGUCAGGACUGUACGCAAAAAUGUCGCAAAGAUCUGUGAAGAGCAGGGAUUUAGCCUUGCGCCGUUGCGCACGCGAAGUUUAGCAAGGCUGGAAGAACUAGGCUACACGAAGCAUCCCUGGCAUAAAACUAUUCAAAACUCGAUUGAGUCAGGGUUUGCUGGGAUUUUACUAUUGCUCCUUCCAAACCUCACACACCUCGAGUUCUGGGUCAAGGAUCAUCAUCGAGGUCCGCCAUCAAGCGAGUGCAUAUCGGGGCUUUUUGGGGGCAUGUCCGCCCCUGACAGCAUCGUAAACGGAUGGGGUACUCUUCGUCAUCUCACUACUAGUGAUACACAUUUGUUCAAGUCCGGGAUCAAUUUUGCUAGCCUGACAAGCUUGGACUUGAAAACGAUAUCCAUCGGCACCGUUCUGCGUCUCAACGGACCUGGAUGUCUGGAGGGCGCCGAGAACCUUGAGAACCUAGCUUUGACUGUAUCAGUACAGUUUGCUGAUCGUCCCCUCAUCGAAAAGGCUGAAAUACAACUUGGCGAUCUUUUCGACGCGCUCGGUUGCGUUCAGCUUCGAAGCCUUAAGAUACUACUUAUCAAUGACGGCUACCACAUUGGUGAUGACUUGAAUACGCAGCUUGAAGGAGGCUAUUUCAUGGAUCAAUUGAAUAGCAUGAAAAGCACCUUAGAGACGCUUGCUAUCACGCUUGAAACAACCGAUGAUGACUCAGAGCUCGAGUGGCUGCUCGAUAUGAUAACAAGUCCGAAGGGUUCACUUGAGCACUUUGACGUCUUGAGAAAUCUCGUCCUUCCGCAAGCAUUUCUCUUUGCUGUCGAAUCCAUGCCUUGGGACAGCAAAUCCUGCCGACCAAAGGAUUUGCCACCCAAGCUAGAGUCACUAGAGAUCUUUUAUCCUGGUGAAGAAAUUGAGAAUUGGGUGGCAGGCUUCGUGUCGGCGAAUACUGACGACGUUAAGCCGCUCCCGGCUCUCAAAGAGAUCACCUUGACUUGUCGAGACGAAGUCGGUGCACCAGCCUCAUAUUUCUCCAGCGAAGUUGACAAGAUCUGGUGGGAGCUAGCAACGGACCAUGGAAUUGAUUCGUACACGUACUGUCAGAUUCAAGAGCACAGAUCUAACUUGGCAGAGUUAUGGUAUAAAGAAAGCCUAGACACAGCCCCUAGUGAAGAACACCAGGAUGGAGGGGAGGAGGAAUGGAAAAAUGACGCCGAUAGCGAUAAGAUUGAGGGAGACGACGAUAUGCCAUAUCUCACCCAGUUGGCGGACCAUUUCCCAGAAUCUAUUGAAACUGUGGACUAG